AUGGCAGCCGGGAAAGGGGAACCGUUGACUGAGAACAAUUUGGGCAGAUUACCUUCACAGUCAGCGUAUAAUGAACUCGGUGGGCAGACAGGUGCUUGUAGUUCCACUCUAGAUGAUCGACUUCUACGAAGGGAAGAAAGAAAAUUGGAGGAGGCAUUAACAAAUUAUGAAAAUGUUAAGGUCUUUGUCGAUGAAAUUGUAGGAGCCUGGUGUUUCAUACAUAAAACGAAGAAAGUCUCUGACCCUACUGAUCCAUGGUGUUAUUGGUUCUAUUAUUGGUUAGGGAAUACAGCCCUCCAAGUAUCGGGCAAAAUUUUCCUUUCAGAUUUCAUGAAUACAGUUUAUAAUGCAUUGGAAAAGGUAGAUGUUACGCAUAAAUGUGAAAAAAUAGGUGAACACAUUAGCAAAAUCGAUUUCAACCAAAUAAGGACAGUAUAUGAAUACUACAGGGAUUUUGAAGCCAUACGAGCACAGUUAAGUGGAAGUGGGUACCAAUGUGACGAGAAAUAUGAAGAACAUCUGCAAGAUAUUCUUAAAUCUUAUGAGCCUGUGCAUACGAAAUGUAACGGAGGAGUUUAUGGGGAACACUGUAAGGAAUUCCAAGACAUGUUCACGGACGACAAAUAUAGGGACCUACUGCUCCCGAAGAACCGUACUGUAGUAACUGUAUCAAAGUCCAUGGAACAACUUCCUGCUUCCAGUACAGCAAAUACAGCACUUUCUACUGCCAUCGUCCCUUCCACAGUUGCAACACUACUAGGAUUACCAGCAGUUGGUUUCCUUCUAUAUAAAGUGAGUAUCAUGAAAUUUGAAAUGUAA